GAAUUCAGCCUUUCUUUCUCUCUCUUCCCCUGUCCCCGGCCCUCCCUUCAGUCCCUACUAGAACCUUCCAGUUCAAUACUUCUGAUUAGGGUUUUUCCGGGGUUUAACUCUCUCUCAAUUGCCACCACCCAUAUCCAUCAUCUUUCCAAAACUCCACCUUUGAUCAUUGAUUAACACGUCCUUAGGCUCCAAUAUGGUUCGCUCCAAUGGCGUCAGACUGAUUCGAUGGGCUGCUCGUCGAUCUCUUGCGUCAAACUACCUUCGUGACGCUGCGAACGACAUACACGAGGCUGUGUCCCAAAGAGGCUACAAGACAUUGCAUUCAGGGAUUUGCAAGCCGUCUAGAAUUACUGGAAGUUACGCUUCAAACGUUGGAGAUGCUUUUACUAUGCAGAAUCGGUUGCUAUUGGGAGCAGUGAAUACAUAUUGGGGCACAACUAGAUCCAUUCAUGGCACGGCUUCAUUGGCGAGAGAUUAUUAUGAUGUUCUUGGUGUGAGUAAGAAUGCAAGCGCAUCUGAAAUAAAGAAAGCAUACUAUGGGCUUGCAAAGAAGCUCCAUCCAGACACAAACAAAGAUGAUCCUGAGGCUGAAAAGAAGUUUCAAGAAGUUUCGAUGGCAUAUGAGGUAUUGAAGGAUGAGGAAAAGCGGCAACAAUAUGAUCAGGUUGGCCAUGAUGCCUACGUAAAUCAACAAAGCAAUGGUUUUGGAGGAGAUGCUGGCUUUAAUCCAUUUGAGCAGAUAUUCCGUGAUCAUGAUUUUGUCAAGAACUUUUUUCAUCAAGGUGUUGGUGGAGAGGAUGUCAAGACCUUUGUUGAACUAUCAUUUAUGGAAGCUGUUCAAGGAUGCACCAAAACUGUGUCAUUUCAAACUGAUGUGCUUUGUAAUGCUUGUGGUGGUAGUGGUGUUCCUCCUGGAACAAGACCUGAAACUUGCAAACGCUGUAAAGGGUCUGGGGUGAAUUAUGUACAAGCUGGAAUAUUCAGGAUGGAGAGUACCUGCACCACAUGCAAGGGAACUGGAAAAAUUGUAUCGGUAUGAUGCACAUUCUCAAUUUUUUUUGGUGUGGAUAU